GGCCCAGCUGUUUGAUUUUUUUUCUUCAAUUUACAGUGGUUGUUUCAAGUGAAAUUUCGUUUUCCAAUUCAAUCAACAAAAAACCCUAAUAACCAACAAGCAAAAAAUGGCAAACAAAAUUAUCAAACUCAUGAAAAUCUUCGGUAUAAUUUUCUAUAUUAUACAACAAUCGAAUAGUGUUGAUAUUUUUUCACCACCACCACCACCACCACCAACAACAACUAUAACAACAACAAUCGAUUCUUCACCAACUACUUUAUCAUCAUCAACUGAUCUCCGCAAUUUUUUCUCCAAAUCCCCACCAUUAUCCGCACCACCAAAAUCUUCAGCGUCCAAAUCAUCAGUUAAUCAUUGUCAUCGUUGUAAAAAUGGUGGCCAUUUAUUAUCAUCAUUGAUUAUACAGGAACCGAAUACGAAUUGUAUCAGUGGCCAUUAUUUUACAUCUUUAAAAAUAAAUAAUAACCACGAUGACCACCAUAACCACGAAGAUGAUAAUGAUCGAUGUGAUUGUGAUUUUGUUUGUGCAAGAAAAUCUGGCCAAACAUGUCUUAAUCCAUCAUCAUCAUCUGAUCGAAAUAUGAAUACUAAUGCCUCUGGUAGUAAUCAUUCGAUUGUAAAUAGUCAUUGUGAUCCUUAUUUAAAAUUAUUUUGUAAUCAAACAUCCAAAUUAUGUGAAGGAAGUUUAUCAUUGAAAAUUAAUCAUAUAAAAAAUGAUUCGUCAAAUAUAACCGAACUAAAUAAUAAUAAUAAUGGACAUUAUCAAACAAGAUUGAAACGAUUAAAACCAAAUACCAAUUAUAUUGUAAAAGUUAUCAGUAAUCAUCGUGAAGAAUUAUCAAUCUUCACUACCAAAGCCAAUAUAUUACCUGAAAUAUUACCAAAAGUAUUAGUUACAUAUCGUAAUGCAUCAUCGAUUACAAUUGUAUUUGAUGAUUUUAAACCUGAUUUGGAUACUGUAAUCAAUGGUUAA